ACACCGGGGAAGGCAGUACACAAACGAAAACAAAGCAAUUCGUAUCCAAAUUAUUAAAGUCACUCUCAAGUUUUGAUAAAUUAAUUUUGACUUGUGAUAAUGUCUGAGGUUUAUGUAGACGAGUACGAGCACUUCAAUUACGAUUACGAUAAGCAUAUAUUCACGGGACACGGUGGAAAACAGAGGAGCAAGAGAGAGGCCACUGAGCACACAAAUCAUUUUGAUCCCAAUGGACAUUCUAGAAAAAUCCUCACUAAGUUAAUGAAUUCUGAGCACAACAAGAGGCACGUCGAUAAGAGCAAGGCUUAGGAGGUUACUGAAGUUUCGUGAUAAUUUGUGUCCCCACGUCCUCGGCCCUGUUCUCCACCAUCUCCAGGGCCACAGUGGUCUCCGGAGGCCUGCGAGGGCAUCGUCGAGAAAGCAUUUACUCACGAAUUGAAGACCUUCACCUUGAAACCCUAGAAUCUACGAAACCUCAUACAAGAAUCCAUCAUCACCUGAGAGAUCUCAGCCUCUACCAAUCCUCCUCUGAGGGGUGAAUGCCCCUCAUCGACCCCUCCCACCACAAAUAAUAUUGAUAAGAUUUAAAGAGUGAAAAUUGAUAUUGUAGUGCUAGUAACUCAAGGCUGAUCUAGACGCAGUCGUUAAUUUUGCAUUUUCCUCGUGUUUUUCUAGCUUUAGCAAUAACUCGUCAUUUUAAUCUCAUAAAUCAUCCCAUUUAGUGAGAAGUAGAUACUUCAGAUGAUUUUUUUUAAUGAUAUAUUAAAUAUGUAUGAGAAGUAUUAAAUAAAAUGAGUUGAGAAUGA